GGAGGUUAUUCUGAAGUUUACCGAGCAGAAUGGGUCUCGUACGGCGAUGAAGCUCCAAAGUCUGCUACAAAGUACUCAGACCGCCUAUUAGUAACAUGCCAUCUGUCGUGGAGGAGAUACGCAAAGCAAUUAAGGUGAGUGACUUCCCUAGUCGGAUUGAUAAUGUUGGAAGUGCUAGCCCCAAUCUAGCACUUGAAGAGAGAAAUGAAAAUAUGGAAAGACUUAGACCAUUGCAAUAUUGUGAGAUUCGUCGGUUUCGUGAUUGAAGUCAGUGGUGCUGUGCCAGAGGCUGCGCUAGUGUCGGAAUGGUGUUCAAACGGGAACCUUACUCAAUAUCUGCACCACAACCCCUCUUGCGAUCGAGUGUCGCUGCUUCUUGAUGUCACUCGAGGACUGACCUACCUCCACAAUCACGACCCUGUUGUUAUCCACGGUGAUCUCAAACCUCUCAAUAUCCUAAUCGAUGAUGCCGGUCGUGCAAAAUUAUGCGAUUUCGGGUUAUCUUUAGUGGCUGAUGGACUGACGACGGGGCAUACAUCGUCAGAAACUGGGUUCACAUUACGCUACUGUGCUCCAGAAGUCUUGGAAAGUGGUACCAAUACACCAUCCAGUGACAUUUACUCUUUUGCAUGUACUUGCAUCAAGAUACUCUUUGACAAUGAGCCCUUCCCUUCACUCAAGAAUGACGCUAAAUUGAUGGAUGCAAUAAGACUCGGUCAAUCGCCUUGGAACUGGGAUCUGUCUCACCGCGAAGAGAAAGUGUUGUCGAGUUGUUGCGCCUUCUUCCCCCAUAUGCGGCCAGGGAUGAGGGAGAUCCUUCAAUCACUCACGGAUGCCACGGAUGCCUACGCUAAGCCCAACCCAUGCUCAGAUGUCGAGAUUUCCAAGCCACUCGUUCCUCGCGCUAUGCCUUCCGCUGACAUCAAUGUCAUUCCUGCAACGCCACCUCCCCAUCCAAUCACCUGGAACCCUGAUCACGUCGUUAAUCCACCGAAAGAUGGACCUGCUGGGAGGGAUCCUGUAGCCAUGGCUCAAAGCUUAGCUCCCAAAGGGGGACGCGAACUUUUGGCCCGUGACUCUGACGAUUACAGAUCAAGAUUUGGGCACAUAUUGGCGCAAUUACGACAAACCGUUCCCGGUGCGUUAGGCUCAAUGCCUCAAGGGCGGACGCCACAAACGCAGAACGAGUGGGCGGGGAGCACGGCUGAGACUUUGAAACUGAGAUUCGACGCAAUUAUUACACAAUUGGACCGUGGGAUGCGCCAACACUUUGGUGUCGUUUCAGAAACAGAAACAGAGUCGGCGCCAGCCCUGAUUGACCCAUCUGUGGCUGGGAAUUUGAAGGGCAAACGCCACCGUAAACGAAGAUCUCGGAAGCCGUUGAAGGCGCAAUGAGUGCAGCUCUUGAAUACCACUCCCUUUGAAUUUUUUGUCCCUGCUGGUAGUUACCCUUCAACGUCGUGUAGCCACCCGCACACACACGAAGUCAAUGGGCGAGUCUAUGCACAAACUGCCAGACAAAUGGCCUGCAUCCGUCGUAUUGUACAAAUCACUCUAGUAACGGAUGGGUUAAGCUGCUCUCCACUGAUGAGCGGCCCGGGAUAUAGUAUAUA